AUGGCUUAUUUACAUAAACAUGAUGUUAUACAUCGGGAUUUAACAACUCUUAAUUGUCUUGUACGACGAGAUGACUCAGUAGUUGUGUCUGACUUUGGAUUGUCAAAAUUAGUUCAGUCGAUUCCGUCUUGUAGACAGAAAACAGAAGAAAAAUGCUCCGAUCACACAACAAUAAAUGACUCCGCAUCAACAAUUCAAGAUUCUUCUUCUGAUACUUCAAAUAACACCGAUGUUCAACGUAAUCAUACUCCUCGUCUUAGACGUCAUCAUGCAUACAAUCAUCCAAGAAGACAUACUGUAGUUGGUAGUCCAUACUGGAUGGCUCCAGAAAUGAUAGCUGGUCAACCAUAUGAUAAUUCAGUAGAUGUAUAUUCAUUUGGUACAAUUAUGUGUCAAUUAAUUCUACGUACAAAUGCUGAUCCAGAUAACUUAAUACGUGAUGCAAAAACUUUGUGUAUAGAAAUGAAUGAAUUAAUGAAGCUAGAAAAUUUUCCUAUCAAUACACCACCAAUAUUAUUAAACAUGACAAGUCAAUGCAUUUCAUUGGAUCCAAGAAAUAGACCUUGUUUCGAUUCAUGUGUUAGACUACUGGAACAAUGUUUAUUAUAUUUAUUAUCUGGACAUCAAUCACAACAGGUUAUAGUUGGAAAUUCUGCUAAAGACAUUUCCACAGUUAAUGACAACAAUGCCGAAUGUGUAGAUUCUGAUCAUCAGAAUCUUGAUGUUAAUAAAUAUUGAUCAAUCGUACAUACAUAUCCUUGUAUACAUAUUUGUAAUGACCAUUUUAUAUGAUAAUAAUUCCUUAAACAAGAGAGAUAUUUGUAAAUUUUCUUUUUAGUUAAG